AUUUCUUUGUUGUUUGUUUCGAAAGAGGUGUCAUUUAAAGAUUCGAUUGUGAGUGCUUUAAUGGUGUUGAUGUAAAACAACGAAAAUUAAAAAUGAUAGAAGAAUUACGAGAUACGCAGCCUGCAGCUGUUGAAGACAUUGUGUUUUCACAGGACUUUGACAAAGGAUGGGGAAAGUUAUAUGGUAAUAGGAAGAACAUCAAGUCUCACGGCGUGCGUGUCGCAGCGCUCAUCAAGGACACGGUGACGGUGGGGCGUGCGCCCUCGUGCGACAUCGUGCUCUCCAAGGGAGACGUGCAGGAGAAGGUGUACUCCAUCAUCAGCAAGCAGCACUUCCGCAUCUGCAGGACGCAGCGGGACAGCAAGAUGGCGGUCCUGCUGGAGGACCUCAGCUUCAACGGCACGUUCGUGAACGGCGCGCACGUCGGCAAGGGCAACUCCACGCAGCUGCGCAACAACGACGACAUCUGUGUGGGCAUCCAGAACUACCACGCAUUCCUCUUCAUGGACGGACUCACGACGGUGGAGGGAUUCCUGCUGCCCGGCCGGAUCCUGGACGAGUACGUGGUCUCCAGGAAGGUGGGCGAGGGCUCGUACGGCGUCGUCUACUCCGUGUUCCGGAAGGAGACUGACGAGAGAUUCGCCAUGAAGAUAAUCCCCAAGAAAAUACCUCUCAGGGAGGCAAAAGGAUGUACUUCCAGGUUCGAGUCGGAAGUGACAGUUUUGAAGACCUUGGAUCAUCCGUUCACCAUCAAGGUGGAGGAGGUGGUGGAGACGGACGACGCUGUGUUCAUCCUCAUGGAGAUGAUGGACGGCGGAGACCUGGCCCGGAAGGUGAUGAUGGACCGGCCCUCGGAGCGCCUCGUCAAGUUCUACUUCUACCAGAUAGCGCUGGCGUUGCAGUACCUCCAUGCCAGCGGGAUAACCCACAGGGACUUGAAGGUGGACAACAUCCUGCUGGCGUCGGAGGAGGCGGAGUGCGUGGUGAAGGUGGCGGACUUCGGGCUGGCGAAGCUGCGAGACGAGAACUCCGUGAUGGCCACGGUGUGUGGCUCCCCCAUGUAUGUGGCCCCCGAGGUGCUGAAGGUGCGCAGCACCGGCUCCUACACCAGCCGCGUGGACAUCUGGAGCCUGGGGGUGCUGCUGUACGUCUGUUUGUCGGCCAGCUUCCCCUUCAAGCGCACGGCCCAGCACGAGCUGGUGGAGGACAUCAUGCGGGGCGCGUACCAGUUCCCCCAGAAGGCGUGGGCCGGCAUCUCCAAGAGCGCCAUCGACCUGGUCAGGAGGAUGCUGACCAUCGACCCGGCCGCUCGACCAAGCAUCGAGGAAGUCCUGCGCCACCCGUGGCUCAACGACAGAGCCGUGCAGAGGAAGGUGCAGAGCCUGACGGAGUGCGACCGGACGGCAGAACAACCGCCGGCCAAGAGACGUUGCGAGGACGAGGGCGUAGUCGUGGACUGAACACCGAGACUGGUCUCGUAAGAUGGACAGCAGAACUGCUUCAUGCUUCUCCUCGCCUGCCCUAUCAGCACUUUCCGUUAGCUUUCCUGUACUCGGCAGUGCUUUUCUUUCCCUCUACUGUUGAUUCAACACUGCUUUCCUGAGUUCAUUUUCUACAGAUUCUGAAGAUGCAUAGUACAAUUUUAUUUCUGGCAAACAUUUAAUAACAUUUGUUAAUAAUAAUUAAGUUUGCUGAUUUUCCAACAGGAUAUGUUAUCAGUUAAAUGUCAAAAAUACUUAAUGUGCUGAAAAGUAAGUUUUCCAGUGGGAGGCGUGAAGUGGUUUACUGUUCUGUACAUUCCUGCUGUGAUUUAUGCGGCUAGUGCCUUUCGUGACUACUGCAUUUAUAAUUGUGUAGCACCGUAUAGUUACCAAUAUGUGAUCGGACAUGUAGACCAUCUACUCUAGAAUAGUAGAUGCAGGUGUGCCGACAGUAGCUAGUGGAAUUUGGUCGUUGGCCAACACUGUAUUUUUCUAUCAGUUAAUUAUUGUUUUUACACAGAUUUUUUUUUUAAAAAGUUUUUUUUUUUUUUUUUUUUUUGCAAAAGUGCUCCCAUCACAGGGUGAACAAAAUAGUGGUGAAAGUUGAGUGUUUGUUAUAAGAACUUCUGUACAAUUAAGCAAUUAUACGUGACGUGUGUCGUGUGCAGCAUUCACCAGACUGAGCACAUUCACACCGUAUUUACCUGAACAUAACGUGACACUGAAUCUAAUGUAAUCCAAAUUUAUGGAUUAUUUUUUAUUGGAGUGGAAAUGACAACAUACAUAGCCCUUGAGAAUUAUUUCGAUUAGUAAAUUUAUACUUAUUUACUAGAGAAUAGUGCUUUUAUCAUACCUUUUGCAUCAGUAGAGUGAUUUACACAGGCUGGAGGGUAAAGAGGAGGGAAGCUAUCACAGCGGGAAGAACUCCAUGACAAACUCACUAUGUAAUCUCCCCCCCCCCCCCCCUCCCUAAACCCACCGUGUACCUUCCAGUGUGUCACGCCUGUGCCAAGGUUGGCAUAAGUGACAUGGUUUAUAAGAAGUGUCUUAGAUUUUUACUAAGAGUAUUCUGAACGGGCAUAAGUGAUGCAUUUAAAAUUCAGAACGUGUAGCUUCCCAGGGGCAAGAUACAAUUUUGUGUUUAUAAUGUGACCCCCAUUUUUAUACAGCAUUUUUUGUAAAAAAAAAUGAAUUGCAUUAUUUUCAGGUAAAUAUUGUAUAUGUACAUAAAUAUGAGUUGUUAAGAGUUUGCUAUAUAGUAUAUUGCUAUUUUGUUAUUUUUUUGUUUAGCUUCGUGCCACGAGCCUCUUUUUUUUUUACUUUACUUACUAGAACACCUGCACAUUGAACAGCUUGUGUGCUCAAGGGAUGGUUCUGGUUUCACUGUCUUCUAGUCCAAGUCCAGUGCAAACAAACAGGAAAUUAUUCAGUCAUGUUACAGGAAAAAAUGUAACGUUUGUUUUCACAUACUUAACAGCUCGAGGUGAUCUCUGAUGGCAAUGUUAGCACUGUGCCUUGUCCAGGCGACACUCUACCUUGGUUGUCCAUCAGUUUUGUAAUCUUUAUGAAUAGUAUUGUUCUUUUAUCAAAUGAUUUCACAAAAGGUUUUUAAUAGCAAUCAUAUUUAUAUUAUCAUUAGGCCUGUGGGAAUGUUCAAGUAUUUGAAUUCAGAUAGUUUAUUAUUUGAAUUUGAUUCAACCUCAAAUACUUGAAAUAAAGAAUACCGUAUUGGUCCGAAUAUAAGGCGACCAUUUUUACAUAAACGAGAGAUGCAAAAAUUGGAAGUCGCCUUAUUUUCGCACCCAAGACGUCAGAACCGCAAACAUUAGUUCCAAGCUGAAAGCUACAGUAGAAACAUUGUUUAAUAAAACGUUCACAAUUUUUUAUAUUAACUAAAACGUUGUUACCUCACACGGAGAAAAACGAUAAAUCCACCUAAUAUUGCAGUAAUUCACAAUUGUUUGAAGUUGAAAAUUAAAAUAUUUGUUCUUGAGUAAAAACGUGAAUGUUGAAGCAUCUCAAAAUGGCAACCUUUUAUUUCAUAAUUCAUAUUUGUACUUUGUGUACAAUCGCGUGUUAACAUUUACGGUAAUUUAUCUUCAGAUUUUUAACGGUAAUAUUUGUACUAAAAUAUCACAGUUAUUUUCAGAACGAUUGUUUACGUUUACAAACAUUUCGGAUGUAAUGUAUGGAAAUUCACGGCUGCCAACUGUCUUUCCACAAUAUUUCUUUGUUGUAAAACGAACAUUGCCGAACACGCACGAAGACGCCAUAUUAACAGGAAUUUGGUACGUUGCUUCAAAAGCUAUUUUAAUAAUCCACUCUUUAUUUAUGUAAAAACCUUUCAUAAUUAUAAUAGAUUAUUCUUUCAAAUUCAUAGAACAGACUCUCUCUGUCAGAGAGUAAUAUGGCAAAUAUACGCGGUCACGUAACCGAAGUUAUUCUUGGCCGUAUGCUUCAUCAUGUCAGCUAGCCACUUGUUUUGUUCCGGCAAGAUGCAUUCUUUGUUUGCUUUUUUUACGUUUAACACACUACUAAAUAGUAAUACGCCUUGUUCUGUGGUAAUAUGUAGCUUAAGUCAAACGGAAAGUUAAAUGCUGUAUUUUAAGAGGGAUUAAUAGCCAUUGUAAAAAUUUUAAAUUCGUAGAUACAGUAAACUGUGAAAAAUGAACAAUCACACAUCGGUGGAACGGCGGGGAAUGAGCCCUAGACAAAUAAACAGCUCUGAAGAUGACAAUUAUGCAGCUUCAUUAGAGUAAACAUACGAAAAAAUUUCUAGUGUAAUACUUAAAAAUGUAAAAAUUUUCUAAUUGUUUUCUUUUGACUUUUAGGGUAGGCCAUUCAAACUUAUUUUAAAUAAGUAAUGUGAUAAAUAUAAAUUAAUUGUUAUACAUAAAUGCAAAAACCAUUUAUCAACACAAAAUGUAUGUCUAAUGAAUUUUCACAUUAAUUUCUACCAAAAAUUAUUUUUACAUUUGUUUGGCCUCCUGAAACUGCAGGUCGCCUUAUAUUCGGGGUCGCCUUAUAUUCGGGCCAAUACGGUAUUUAUUGGCUUACGAAUAUUUACAUACCUCAUGAGUUUUGUCACGUAUCAACAUUCAGCAUUAAUUUAUAAAAUUAACUUCGGAGAAUUUAUGUUGGAAACUAGCAAAAAAAAAAAAGCAAGAUGUUAAUUUUUCUGGCCCAAAUAUAUGAACAAUAAUCAACUGUUUAAAAUCAUAAGUAUUCAAAGUUCUUUGUUACUGUCUUGCUAAACAGUAGCGGAAAUAUUGUGUAAAUGAUUUAAAACAGACAUGUUUGUGACAUUUCAAACUUGAAAACAAAAUUUUAUUAGGAUUUGUUUCAUCACGCGUACAGGCAGUGGGAAAAAAUUAACAUCAAUCACCAUAGACUACAAAACCACAAAACUUUGACACCCCAUUGUGUAUACCAUUAAAAAAAAGUAAACAUCAUAAUUUCAACGGCAAUUAAAUCGUUCUAACACCAUGUGACACAGUAGCAGCUUACUUGCUGUAUGUAUCUAUGACUAAACAGACAUUGCAGCUCAAAAACAAAAUUAAAAAUCUUAUAUAAUUUUGAAUUUGUAUUAGCAGAAAAUGUGUUCACAAUUUUGAUGAACUAAAAUACAGUUUACCUGGAUUUUGUUAACAAAUAUGUAUGAAUAAAUAGGGUCUAAAUAUGUAAAUAUAAUUUUAUUUAAUCACUAAAUUGGAAAUACAUUAUUAUUAAAAAUUCAUCUUUUUCGUGAAAUGGGUUGAAUUACAAUUAUUAUGCGAUUCACAGAAAUUUUUUUUGGAUCAAUGUGUAGAGUAGCAAAUUCUGGAAAAUAAAGCAAUAUAAACUGAAAUGAAAGGUUGGUUGGUUAGAUUAGUUUAAAUUAAGUAAGCUGCAUAAAGACGUAAUUUUUUUCUAUAAGUAUUCGAACAAACAUUUGAACAGAAAUACAGGAGAAUCCAGUUAUAGCGAGAACACUGCUAUAACGAGGUCUUUUUGAGGAAUUUACGGCGUGAUCCCGUGAAGCGCGCUUUGGUUAUUUGUCUGCUUUAUCUCCACCCCUCUCGCUCGCCACUAGACAUCUUGCCGUUGACGCCUGUCACAUUCUUCAGCCGUGCAGUCGCCACCUAAGUGCGUGGCUUUAAAAAUAGAAUCCCGUCCUUUCUUUCUUUUAUCAAACUUCCGUUAGUUAUCUGUUCAUUAAUAUUAUUAUAUUCCUGUGAACUCAGUAUAAUAAAUGCUGAACGUGCUGGGGAUAUGUGCGUGUGUAAUGUAACCGCUAGGCUACAAAGAGUGCAGUCCCUUUGUUCAGUUUCUGACUACGUCGCUACAAGGUAAGCCGGCUAUCAUCCAAACACCCAUACUCAGGGCGUGCCUGCAACUUCACAGUCACAGCAUCACUGGCUGGCUUCAAGGCCAAGGUAUGCUCGACUCGAAUAAACCAAGCCUUUGAAUAUACAUAUACUUGUACGCAUUUAUUAUUAUGUAUUUAGAAAAUAGACAAAAUCAAUUUUUUUCCCCGCCAUUAAACAUAACAAUGUGCACUUUUUUUAAUAUAAAUGCUCUUAAUUAAUUUGUUGGGACAUUUUCAUUAACGAAUAAUAACAUUGUUUAUAACUAUGUUAGGCCAAAAAAGUCAGAGCCGUCUUUAUACUUUUUGCUAAUUGAUCACGUUAAUAAUACACAAAUAUUUAUAAACUUGUUUGUAAUUAUUUCAGUCGUGACACGUUUACAAACACGUCACGUUAUUUAUUUUACUAUCUGACAAAUAGUAGGCACUACCGUAUUUAUUUCCGAAUCGCUAGGACAGUUUUCUUGUAACUUUUGUUUCGGUCAGUUGUUGGGGUAUCUGUCCAGGAAGGGGGUGGUGAUGGUUUGAGUUUAAUCCCAAAUUUAUUUUCUGAAAAAGUUUACAGGAAUCUUUAAAUGAAAAAGGUAUAGUUUUCCAGCGACUAUUUAGUUUGAGGCGUACGUGCGUUGCCGCACUCCUGCUUUUUUGUAAGGAAUUAAAUCGUCGCGCUACACUAGCACCACCUGUUAGCAACAUCCCGAACCAACAUGGCCGCCAGCAGACAGCCCGCGUCGACAAUAGAUAGCAGGACAAUGCUGUGUCGGCCGCGGGCUGAGAUGCUAUACUUACGUGGCGUGGUAGGGUAUUCUGGUUAUUGUGACGCAAUCGGUGAUCGCAUCCGUACUUGUGGGGUAUCGAUUUAAAGAGAAUUCACACAUUUGCUCACAGAAAUUCAGAUUUUAUUAAUAUAACCUGUUAUUUUCCAAUUAUACAGGUUUAAACACAAUUUUUAUACUAUUUUCGGUUAAUUUUUAUUUUUUGGGGGCAAAAAUCUGUCAAAUUCGGUUAUAGCCAGGACACGAUUAUAGCGAGGAUCAAACCCGGAACCGUGGCACCUCGCUAUAACGGGACUCUAGUGUAGAUAUUUAUACUUUUCAGUCCCUUGUUUUCAUAGUCAUAAGCAUACUAUAGUUAAUCACAACAAAGAGAAUUUAAAAAAUUUAGUGUUUCUGAAAAAAUGCCAUAAUGGAUGGCUUCCUUGGUUUUUUUUCCCCCCCAAUGGUUCAAGAUAAAAAAUUUGCAUUUUUGGCUUUUGCUGAAAUUUCCUGUCUGAUAUGGGAUGAGAUGUACCUGCUAGCUAAUGUGGAAACAGGUUAAUUUGUAUAGGCACGUGAGUUCCACAUGGAGUUGCACACAUAUUGUUACGAACUGGGAAGCAGAGCAGCAACGCGUGCCACCUGAGCGGUAGUCUGGCCACCGACGUCAUGCGCGCAAGUACAAUUAUUUAUUAGCAAUCUACCAUAAUGAGUACAUACAUUUGCACAUACGUACUGUAAUGUUUUACCGUCUUGCUUGCACAUCAGCUACGUAUACACCUACCUUGUUCGUGCUGAAGAUAGAGGCUCGUGUGUGCGGUGAUUUAGUUUCUUUGGUAAAAUUAUUUGGAUACAAAGCCAUUGAAAUGUAAGCCUUUUCUAUAACUGUUUCAUCCUCCAUACAUUAUAUUGAAGGUAUUAGAUUUCCAGGUUUGUUGUUUUAUCAUUUCAAUCUGGCUUUUAGAAUAUAAUAUUAGUCUUUGUUGUUAUGUAAGCUAAUUAUUAAGGUGGUUAUACUUAACGUACCUGUCGUAUUAUCUGUUAGGAUUGAACAGUGGUUGUAGUAACUACUCUUGCUUAAUGGUACACAUCUACUUAAAUUGUUUUUUGUGUAGUGGCAUGUCUUAUUCCAUGUAUUGAUGAUAUGUGAUUGUAUGCCCGUUCUGUGCAGCAAGUUUUAUUUGAAAAUAUGCAAAUUGUUCUGUUGACAGUUCUUGCAAUGGUUACCCAUACCCAACUUGCCAGUAUAAUAAAGUGAUUUAUUUUUUUAUGUCAUGUAGUACUAGUAUAUUAUAAAGUUUUUAAAAAAGUGUAACAUACAAUAAAGAUUUUUUAAAUGUCA